AUGAAACUAGCAGAAAGGCUAAUCAAUAACCACCUUUGUUGGUGGCUCGAAAGGACUAACGUGUUGCCUAACAGUCAGGCAGGAUUUAGAAGUAAUAGAUCUUGUGCAGACAACAUAGCAAUCCUACACUCAGACAUCUGUCGCAAUUGGUAUAACAACAAAGAUACGAUGGUUCAAUUUAAUGACAUCGAUGAAAUUAGACAUGCUAAGAAGGGCCUACCGCAAGGUUCAUUACUGAGUCCUAUUUUAUAUUCUAUCUAUGUCGCUGAACUGGAAAAAUUAUUUCAUUAUAACACUAACGUUAAAAUCUUACAAUACGCGGACGACGUCUGCCUUUAUGUAGCUCAUAAAAAUUUUAUCGCUGCGCUAUCGGAACUGAAGGAGGCGGGCAAUAGGAUUGCUGCUUGA